UCUGAUAGCCUCAACAAUGUCGGACUACUUUCCCGAAGAGGUAUUGAUCGAAAUUCUCUCCAGAUUACCUGUAAAAUCCCUGCUUCGAUUCACUUGUGUGUCGAAACAAUGGCGAUCUCUCAUCAGCAGCCCUAGUUUUAUCAACACCCACCUCAACAAGUCCACCAACAACACUCACACUCACUUGCUCCUACUCAGAUACACUUGUCUCAAUCCCAAUCAAGAACACUACUCAUUGCGUUUCGACAACAAAACCUUCAACCACUACGCCCAAUUCACUUCUCCAUUCAAAACCCACUUCUAUUUCAGGGUAGUUGGUACUUGUAAUGGCUUGGUUUGUCUCUCCGACGAUCGGUUUGGUGACAAACAAAAUAUAAUCCUUUGGAACCCUAUGAUUCGAAGGUAUGUGGCCCUUCCAAAACCCAGUCUUUCUCUCGAUUCCUAUAGUCCUUACAUGUCUGUUCUAGGGUUUGGCUUCGAUUUGCUAACCAAGGACUAUAAGGUAGUUAGAAUUUCUCACUUUGAGAGGCGAAAAAAUGCAAUUCCUCUUCCUAAAGUUGAGGCUUACUCGCUUAAAACCGGUUCUUGGAAAGCCCUGACUUGUGGUGUUCCUUCAUAUAAUAUGGUUGAGUAUUUCUGGGAACAUGUUUUUCUGAAUGGUUUUGCACAUUGGAUUGCAUACAAGCGAGUUGGGGAUGGUAAAUUCCAUAAUGUGAUUUUAUCAUUUGGUUUUGGUGAUGAAUUGUUCCAUGAGAUUGAGCUCCCAGAAACAGUGGCUCCUAGUUUCCCGUUGCAUUUGGGAGUUCAUUUAGUUGGGACUAUGAUCGCGGUGAGUUUUAUUGAUUACAGUGCAAACCGUAAAUGUGUUUCCAUAUGGGUGAUGAAAGACUAUGGUGUUGUGGAGUCCUGGACGAAGCAAUAUAAUGUUGACUGUCAGGCGGGUUUAACGUUGGUGUUUGGUUUUAGGGAGAGUGGCGAAUUGCUUAUGGGGACUAGAGGUGGAGAUAUGGUUUCGUAUCAGCCUGAGAGCAAUCGCAUUGAGAAACAUGGAUUGCGUGGUGUCAAAGGCUCAUUUUAUGCCAGUCCCUAUGUGGAAAGCCUUGUUUUGUUGGAUGGAUCAAAUGGGAACUUGCAAGGGCCAGUGAACACUGAUCCUGUUUUGCCGAAAGUUACAAAUGAGGAAGAAGUGGAUGAGAGCACACUCGAAAUAGCCUUGAAGAGGAAUUUUCUUUUUGCAGCUGCUUAUAUAACUGGUAGCCUGUUGGAGUUCCUACUUCGGAAUUAG